AUGUCAGAAUUAGCUGAGAAAAGAAUGGAGUCUGGCCUGGAUCCAGAAUACAAUUUGCAUUCGGAUAUCUCGUCUGCGUUAAACAAGAGUGAUGGCGUUGAGGUUACAGAGGAAUCAGAAUUGGACCCUACAUUGGAAACAGAAAGAUUAGCUGAAGAGCUCGGAAUCAACCACAAGAAACUUAUGUGGAAAAUCGAUAUCUGUACAGUGCCGCCAUUCUGUCUCUUGUACUUUUUCUCCUUCUUGGACAGAGUCAAUAUCUCCAAUGCAAAUGUUUAUGGUUUGACCGAAGAAUUGAAUUUAACUGGUAAUCAAUACAACACGGCAUUGACCUUGUUCUUUGUGCCAUACAUUUUCUUUGAAAUUGCUGGUAACUACGCCAUCAAGUUUGUCAAACCACAUCGUUGGCUCUCAGGGUCAGUUUUCCUUUUCGGAUGUAUCACUAUUGGUAUGGGCUUUGUUAAAAAUUUUAGUGGUUUAGCCGCAUGCAGAUUCUUUUUGGGUGUUACCGAGUCAGCAUUGUUUUGUGGUAUGUUUUACUUGUUAGCUACAUAUUACUCAAAACCAGAGGCACAACGAAGAUUUUCAGCAUUCUUUUCCUGUACCGCAUUGUCGGGAGCGGCCUCAGGUGCUAUUGCAUACAGAGUUGCCGAAAUGGACGGAUUACAUGGCAUUAGUUCAUGGAGAUGGAUCUUUAUCUUGGAAGGAUGCGCAACAGUAAUUGGAAGUUUUUUCUUGUAUUUCAUGAUUGCCGAUUUCCCUGAGGAGUCGAGGUUCUUGAAUGCCAACGAAAGAAAAUUUCUCAAGAGGAAAUUGGAAUUGUAUUCUGGUACAGCAUCAGCUUAUGAGAUCAAAAACACCUUUAAAGACGUUGUCAAGUGUCUUAAAGAUUGGAUGAUUUGGCUUCCUGCAUUAUCUUAUUUUGGUUUGAUUAUUCCAUCCUAUGGCUAUGCAUACUUUGCAGCCACUAUCAUCAAGCAAAUGGGCUAUACUGCAGUUGCAGCACAACAACACUCUGUUUACCCUUGGGUUUGCGCAUUUGGAGUUAUCAACAUCACCGCAUUCAUUUCUGAUUACUUUAAAAAGAGAUUACCAUUUCUCAUCACUUCUUGUCUCAUGGCCAUUGCUGGUCUUGCCAUGGUCUUGGGUGCCACUGAAAAUGCACAAGUGCGUUAUGGUGGGUGUUUCCUUGCAGCAAGUGGGCUUUAUACUGCUAUGCCACAAAUUGUUUGUUGGGCAGCAUUGAACAAUGGUUCGCAUAUCCGUAAAUCUGUUGGAACGGCAUGGCAGAUUGGGUUUGGUAACAUUGGUGGUAUCAUUGCCACUUUUAUCUUUUUGGCCAAGGAUGCACCUGUUUACAAGCCAGGUUUAUCGACUUCGAUUGCAGCUGUUUGCUUUGCUAUUCUCACAGGUGUGGCAUAUUUCGGUCUUUGCUAUAGGUUAAACCACGCAAAAAAGACCGAUGCUUACAAACAGAAAUUUAAUGAGUUGCCAGAACGUGAACAAAUCAAUCUUGGUGACAGAAACCCAACAUUUGAAUAUUUGUAUUAA